AAAACAAAAUGGGUGGCGCCAAACCGUGACAACAAAGCGGCAGUUGGUUUCUACGAACACCGACCAACUCGCGUUCGGAUUUGUUUUGGAGUUCUUUUUCUUUUGCAAUUCAGAAGCUUUAAACAAGACCGAGGGAUGAGUUUGUUGUGAAUAAACAUGGCUGCAAAGUCGGACCAGCUACUGAUAGUUGUUUCCAUCUUGGAAGGUCGUCAUUUUCCUCCUCAUCCUCGCCUCAGUCUAGUGGUGCAGGCCAGCUUCGAUGGCGAGCAGCUCUCCACUGACCCGGUGGACCACAGGGAGCAGCCGUUGUUCAGCACCGAGCUGGCAUGGGAACUGGACCGCAGGACGCUGCAUCAACACAGACUUCAAAGGACUCCUAUCAAGCUCAUGUGUUUUGCUGUCAACACUGUCAGCAUGAAGAGAGAGAGCGUCGGCUACAUCGUCCUGGACCUGCGGUCAGUGCAAGAGGGCAAACAGGAGCCUCGUUGGUUCCCGCUGCUGAGCAGCAAAUACACUAAACAGAAGCCCGCACUUCUUGUUGGAGUCUCACUGGAGAACGACAGCAAAGCCACGGAGCCCUCUCCCGACAGAUUCAAGGCCAGGAAGGCUCCACCUCGACAAGGUUCUCCUGCUGUAACGGAUCUACUUCCAGAAACUUUGGAGGCCGUACUGAUCCCAGACCAGGGUUACCACCAGGUUGGACCUUCUGAUCUCUGCAGUGACAUGUUCAUCUUGUCCGUCACCAUUGCCUUUGCCUCCAAACUUGAACAGUUGAUGCCCAGCACCACGAAGCUGUCCGCUGAAGGUUCGGAUUUCUUCUUCUACUACUCGUUGCUGGGCAACGACAUCACCAGCGAGCCUUUUCACAACCUGCUAAGUCCUGACUUUGAGCCGGAGCGCGCCUCCGUCCGCAUCCGCAGCAGCAAACAGAUCCUGCUGUCCUUCCUCUCUCACCAGCCCAGUUUACAGAUCCACCUGUGCUGUGGGAACCACUCUCUGGGCAGCACUGACGUCUCUCUGUCGGCGCUCUCUGCUCUUCCUGUCCAUCUGGAAAACAAGGCAGCGACGGUCGAGGGGGUGUUUGUGCUCAGACCUCCGACGCUAACCAAACGAUGUUUACCGCUUCUGCCUGCCGACCUGCAGCCCACCAUCAGCGUGGCGGUUGCGCUUAGAAGAGAGGGGGUCCCAGCACAGAUCUUGGGGAAUAAAGAUGUAGGCGGAGUCCAGGCAGAGUCCGUCCCUCCUCCUCCUACUACUGCCCCCUGUGGUCAGCAGGGCAUCUCUCCAGUCCACAAACCUCCUGACUCCUCUACUCCAGUUCCUUAUCCUCCCACUUACCCCCACACAGAGAGUGAGGCAGAGAGUUUACUGGAAGAACUUCAUCGCUCUAAAGAACCAGCAGCAGAUGCGGAGGCAGGAGAUGAGGGUGGAGUGUCGUCGGUGAGUGUAUCCGCUCCCAAAGUUUCCAUUCCGCCAUCGGCCCAUCACUUCAGCUUCUCUCUGGACCUGCGGAGCCUGGGAGGCCUCGGCCUGACGCACGCCAUCGCUGCUACACUCAGGUAUUCAUAUUCGUUCUUCGGCAGCGCUGCCCCCAUCAUGACCAACCCUCCGGUGGAGCUGCACAGGAACAUGGAGGUGUCACUCCCUCAGUCCUACUGUGCCUUUGACUUUGCCACGUUACCGCAGCAACUGCACGACACCUUCCACAGAGUUCCCCUGGUGGUGGAGUUGUGGCACAGAGACUCUAACAGCAGGGACCAGCUGAUUGGACGAGCUUCUGUGCAGCUGUCUCACCUGCUGAGCUCCGAGAAGAAACGAGUUCUGACGUCAUCGGGAGAACAGAGCUGGAGACAAACGCACCAGGACAGAAUACCUGUGUUCAGACCACAGCGUCCGCCUCAGAAGGUCGCAGAGGUCACCUAUGUGGCCACAUUAGAAGACCUGGGUCUGAUCAAAGCCAAAGAGGUUAUUGUGACUGACUCUUCACAGGUGACUUCCACUGUCACCCAAAGCCCCUGCCCUUUGCCACCCAGUCCACUGCUGGGCCCCACAGCCCCCAGAGAGACCAUGGAGUAUCGAGCAGCCUUGGAGCUGGAGCUGUGGAAGGAGGAGCAGGUGGACCUGUUUGACGAUCAGUUAAAGAAGAAGGAGCUGAGUCACAUGCAGGCGUUGGCCGAGGAGUGGAAGAAGAGAGACAGAGAGAGAGAGGCUGUGGUCAGGAAGAAGGAGGUGGAGUUCAAUCUGCUGGAGGAGCAACUUCAGAAGACUCUGUCGGAUUUGGAGAAAAGGGAGAAACAGCUGGCGGAGGCUGAGCUCCAGACUCAGAGGUUACAGAAGGACCUGAGAGCGGAACACGAGCUUUCGCUGAGGGAGUUGAAGGAGAGCGGCAGGAGGCUGCAGCAGGAGUGUGACCAGCGGGUGGCGCUGGAGAGAGAAAAGGUUCGACUGAUGGAGGAGGAGAGGAGCCGACUGCUGCAGCAGAUUUCAGACGGAGAGUUGCGGUACAAACAGCUGGAGAAGGAGUUCCAGGUCUACAGGGAACAGCAGAACAUCAGGCCGGAGUUCAGACUGCAGUCAGAGGUCAACCUGCUGACCCUGGAGAAGGUGGAACUGGAGAGGAAGCUGGAGUCCACCUCCAAGUCCAAGCUCCACUACAAGCAGCAGUGGGGACGAGCCCUGAAAGAACUGGCCCGCUUUAAACAGCGCGAGCAGGAAAACACUAUGCUGCACCUAAAGAAACAACAGGCGGAGCUAGAGGCCAUGAGGCAGCGUUACCUGGCAACGGGAGAAAAAGAGGCGGGGCAACAAGACAAGCAGGAAUUGGACGAAAUAAGGAAUGAACUCAACAGAUUAAAGCAGCAGGACAGAUGUGUCGCUGCCUCUGCCGUGUCCGUCCCCGUCCCCCACCUGAACGAGAGCGCCGAGGACCAGCUGAGCCGUUUACUGGAGGAGAGGGACACUCUGCUGAGGACGGGGGUUUACACCCACCAGGACAGGAUCAUCAUUGACCUCAACAAACAGAUCCAGGAGGUGAUGGUCGGUCCAGACAAACUCUGAGUCACAGACUCUCCAGGUCCUGGUCCUCCAGUGGAACCUUCAGGUGAAACUGUGAUGUCAUAGUUCAACAAGAAAGACAUCUGACCUCAGAUCAGGUCUGUACUUCCGGUCCGUCUUAGUGUUUCCAGAAGAUGUGGACACUUCAAAAUUAUGUCAGUUUUUUUGUUUGUUUUUUUUUAAAUCUUUUUUAACCAGAGAUUAAUUAAAAAAGAUUAAUUGAAAAAAAAAUGAAUUUACAAAAUAUAAUUUAAUGAAAUUUAACCUUUGAAAUAAAAACAACACUGAUGACAUUUUAAAUAUUCAAACGUUGUUGUUUUCACCUUAACUCUGACCAAAGAAAUGGCAUAAAUAUUUCAUCUAUUUUUAGAAAACUAAAUAAAUGAAAAUCAAAUAAUUAGUCAAACACAAAAACAAGUUAUUUUACAAUUUUUUCUUAAUAAAUAUUUAAAUAUCCGACUCUGAAGAGGAACAAUUUUUAACAAAAUAUCUUCUAAGUUAAAUGACCUAAACGUAUAUGAAAUAUGCGAUAAAACUAAAAUUACGUAGAGACGAUUGUCAAUAUCACCUGUUACAUUUUUCUUUCUGAAUUUUUCUUUCUUUUAUAUGUAUAUUUAUAUAUUUGUUUCAUUAUUUUUGGAUUGGACCUGAUGUAAAUAUGAAUGAGAGCAGAUAGUAAUAAAGUAAAUAUAGGUAAAAUAUAACGUUUUUAUAUUUUUAUAUUGUUUUUCGUGUCCUUGUAUAGUUUAGCAAUGUUAGCAUUGGACUUAAUAAAAAUAUGAACCUAUUAUUUUUCUUCUGACUGAUCAUGUGAUUUUUUUUUUCCAGCCUGUGUUGAUGCAAAAUCCUAACAAUGUUUUAAAUCCUUCAGACUCAAAAUUGAUCUGUGAAAAGCCGGUGGUAUGUUGUACUUGACAGCAGGUGGCGCUGCAGCGUCAGCUAAAUCCCAUCAGAGCCGCUGUAAGAUUUUAUUUUAAGAAAUUAUUUUGUUCAUUAACUGUGACUGCGAUCUGUUCAUGUGGAAUAAAUUAUUUUAGACUG